ACAGAAUCGGGUUGUGGCGAUUUGGUAUGUUGCCGAGUACAAAGUGAUGUACCUUCAACACCAGUGACCGAAUCGUAUAUACCGUCGUCUGAAUUACCAGAAAUUAGUUCAACUACACAGGAACCUCAUGUUGAGAAUAAUAAGCCAUGCACAUGUGUCUCCAGAAAUCAAUGUUUACCUCCUAAUGGUAGUAAUGAACAGCAAAGUUCUUAUAUUAGAGCAGGUAGUUGUAGCAGCAAUAAAGUAUGUUGCGUAAAUGAAUAUGUCAAUAUCGGAACAACCCAGGAAACACCUAUUAUUGGUGACUCCGUCAAUAACAAUGUUCAACCGGGUAGCCGAUAUCAAACUGUUUUGAAAAAAGUUGAUUUGUCUCUUGUGCCCAAUGAUUUGUGCCAGCAGCAAUUACGGGGCACGCGUCUUGGGAAUYUUUUCCGUUUACAUGAAAGUUUUCUUUGUGCCGGUGGCAUAAAGGGAGUGGAUGUAUGCAAAGGCGAUGGUGGCGGUCCAUUGAUAUGUGCAGUGAAAGGAUACCAAGGGAAGCCUAAAAAAUAUAUUCAAGUGGGUAUUGUGUCUUGGGGUAUUGGGUGCGGUGAUGAAAAUAUACCUGGUGUAUACUCGUCGGUAGUGGUUAAUUCUCAGUGGAUCAACAAGGAGCUGAAAAGGAUAACAUCACAAUGAAAACGUCGCCUUUUUUUCCAACCGUUGACAUUUUAAUUUAUAUUUUAUCACAUUUUGACCGAGUUAUUGAUCGAAUUUGAGUCGAUUUAUUUUCCGUUAUAUUAUUACAUGGUCAUUAAUAUACUACAAUUUUACGCCUUGAACAUUUUAACUUUUGUUUUUUUCCUGAUUAGUCGACACUCGACAGCAAAGGAUGUCCAUUGUGAAUAAAACUUCUCCUUUGAUUUCGUA